AUGUCUUCUAUCGAACAGAAUAUUCCUUCAACUCACGAGCGUCGCAACUCCCUCGAGAAGCACCUCCAAACCCGCCCGGACAUGCAGGACCUCAAGAACCGCCAUAUCCUACUGGACACUAAUGUAGCUCCAGCCCUUCAGUCCGCUCGUCAGGAGCUUGAUCGCCAGCGUGCUUCGGAUAACUUGAAGAAGCACCUCGAGAAGAGACCUGAGAAGGAUGAGCUGGUUGAGCGCAACAUCCUCCCCGCAACCUCCGCCGCCCCAGCUCUGCAAGCCCACGCUCGCGAACUCGAGAAGCACAUGCUGGCUGAUAAUCUCGAGCACAAGAUUCAGAACCGUCCUCAACCUGAAGAGUUGAUUUCCCAGGGCAUUCUGUCUGAAGAUGAGAACCCGCGCUCGCCUGUCUGA